AUGUCUUCCGAUAUUGCUGAGGAACUGUUCAACAUUCUCGAUGCCGCUGCUGAUGCCGCGACUAUAGUCUCUGCAAGCAAGCCUGCAGCUCGACUCAUCAUGAAUAUGCUUCCCAGCACGAAACUCAAGAGGGGCGACCAAUAUCAAGAGUCUACGCUUCGGCUCCUAGAGGCAUCAAGGAAAGUCAUGCCACCCGCCGUUUUCGAGGAUCAUUUCCAUACAUUUGAGAACAUAUGCGAUACCAGGGAAAAGCUAGUGCUUGAUGGCCUCAUUCAACAAGUGAAAAUAAACGGAGAAGCUGGAGAGUACAGGAAGAGGGCAAAGACUUUACACGCGAAAAUGAAGAUCUCGUCACAACAAGCUAGACGAGCAGCACUUCGGACUCUGCCCAGAGCCGCUUCCGUGGGCAGUAGCGCCGCGUCAGAUACUGGUACAUCGAUACUUCAAGAGGCGAACAAUCGCGGCGCAGACAAUCACGAUGAAGACGCCCAAUCCAUGGAUAUCACAGAAGAACGCAAUGUGUACUGUCCUUCCUCCAGCACACUGACUUUGAACGAUCCGUUCCGGGAGACCGCAUCCGUCGUUGUGCAGGAUCCAGAUGACAUCUCGAUUUUUCGGUCCAACGUUUGGGAAGACGGCGAUGAUGCAAAGACCUCCGGGCGCACGACCCUUACCUCGUAAUAAAAGCGAUGCGCCGCUAUAUCAUGCAAGACGGUAGGAAAUCCGUGCCUCGGAUCAUGUGAAGCCUUUACAUUGCUAUUUGUCUGGGACGAUAAGAUCACGAAGACGAAUACUAGGAGUGCUGGCCGCUCUAUACUUUAUAUGUAAGUCAUAAUACGCUUUGGUGUAAAUUAGUCGCGUCCUCAGCCGAGGUCCAUAUUAUAUCGUGAAACCAUUUUCCUGU